AGGAAUCUGGUGACUGAAGAUUACGUGUGAAGUUAGUUAGCCAGCUGCUAGCCCCGACAAAAAGAUCAAGCACAGAUGUAACGUCCGGAGAAAUAUUAGCGUUAAGCGGGAUUUCACUUACAAUGAGCCUCAGCUCUGUCCGAGCCUGUGGACUUUUCACGAGUCAAGGCAGCCGAGAGUAACACCAGAAUGAGAUCCGCAUACGCCGUGAAUGUAAGCCGUUCAGCUUUCAGAGGACCCUGAAGUGUCUCCGUUGACAGCUGGGAAGACGUUCAAAUCACCGCUUCACACACAAAGACAUACGCUUCAUCUACACUACAGAGAUGUUCGCGAAGUUGAAGAAGAAGCUGGCGGAGGAGGCCGCUACCGCUCCUCGGUCGGGCCGCAUCCCUCGCUCCAUGAGCAAAGAGUCCAUCACUUCUGUGGGCGCAGACUCUGGAGAUGACUUUGCUUCUGAUGGCAGCAGCUCCAGAGAUGAUGUUUCUUCUCAAAUUCAGCGCAGAAACGAUCAGAUACGAAAGCUGGAGGCCAAACUCUCAGACUACGCUGAGCAGCUUCGGCUAAUGCAGAAGACCAAGGAGAAGCUUGAGAUUGCAUUAGAGAAGUAUCAGGAUUCAUCCAUGCGCAAACUUCAAGACCAGAAUGAAGCUUUCCAGGCCAACAGAGCCAAGAUGGCGGAAGGCAUGGCCUUGGCGUUAGAGAAGAAGGACCAGGAGUGGACGGAUAAGCUAGCGACUCUAGAGCAGGAGAAGUCGUCACUGACAGCUCGGCUAGAUGAGAUGACAGAGCAGAGUUUAAGUCUCUUCCAGAAGAGAGAUGAUCUGGAUGAGCUGGAGGGCUUUCAGCAGCAGGAACUGGCCAAAGUCAAACACAUGUGUGUCCUGCAGCUGCUGAGGCGGGAGGAACAGCUAAGUCAGCGGGAGAAAGAGCUCAAACUGAGAGGAGAGGAGCUGAACACUGCGAGACUGACCCUGAGCCAAACCCAGGACAAGCUGUAUGAGCUGGGGGAGGAACACGAGGAGAUGUGCAGGGUCAACUCACAGCUACAGGCCCAGAGAGAUGAGCUGUUGAGUGAGAGAACGGAGGCUGAAAAGAGGGUUGUGGCUCUGGAGAGGAGAGAGCAAGAGUUACAGCAGCUGAUCCAGCAGGUGUCAGAGGAUUUCCAGAAGGCACAAAACAAUGCAAAGGCAUUAGAGAAAUCAAUGGAGCAGCUCCAGUCUGAACACAAUAAGCUGAAGCUACAGCACCAGCAGCACAAGAACAAGGUUGCAGUGACAGAGGAGGAGCGAGAGCGUCUAUUGGCUGAUCUGCAGGAGAAGGCUGCCUCCUUAGAGAGGAGACUAGAAGCGAACCUAUCUCAGGAUGAGCACCUGCAGGAACUGCUCAAAGAGAAGUCUUUAUUACAGCAGAGGCUAGAGGAGACCAGAGGAGAGUUACUGGAGGAGAGAACGAACCACACCACUGCGGUCAGUUCACUGGAGGCCCAGAUCUCUCGGCAGAACGCCAACAUCACAGAUCUGCAGACUCUGGUCAAGCACAAAGACGACUCGUCCAAAGCUUACAGGGAGAGGACAGAUGCGCAGAUAUCAGAUCUGGAGCAGAGGCUGGCUGAUUGCACUGAGACCAUGAAGAGUCUGCAACAGCAACUUGAAGACAGUGAAGCGCACGCGGAGAAGCUGCAGGCGGAGUGGGCAGAGGAGAGGGAGAGACUACAGCAGCAGGUCUCCACACAGAGACAGAGAGGCCUGGAGAAAACGGCCAGGCUGGAGGAGGAACUUCUUGCACUACACGGAGAGAGAGAAACCGAGGCCAGCAAGCAUCAGGACAGCCUGCGGUUACUGGAGGAGGAAAAAACCUCACUGUUGAAGAGCAAAGCUGAGGUCGACGGCACUGUAGAGAGACUGACGGCAGAACUAGAGCAGUCCAGAGCGGAGUUGAUCAGCAGACAGACUGUAAGUGUUGAAAUCGCCAAAGCUCUGGAGGAAACCAGAAAACAGAGAGAGGAACUCCAGCAACAGGUCAGCAAAUUGUCGGAGUCUCUUGAAAAGGCAGAACAGGAAGUUAGUCGUCUUUCUCUGGAUUUAGGAGCAAAAGGGGAGGAGCUAAACACACUGAAGGAAGAGCUGCAGGCGGCCCGUAGCGCUCUGUCGUCUCUGCAGGCCGAGUGCGAGUCUCGUCGCUCGGAGGCUGAGGAGCGAGAGCGAGAACACAACUCUCAGCUGACAUCACUGCAGCAGGAAAUCCUCACAAAAACACAACAACUCUCGUCUUACCAGUCCCGGGUGUCUGAUCUUGAGGGCGAGGUGAUGAGUUUAACAGCACAGUCACAUGACGAGUGCGAUGGAGAGCAGAACGGGACGGUUACUGUAAGUGAUCUUGACCAGUUACAAAAGGUCAAUAAAGACCUGGAGCAACAGCUGGCCGAAAAGAACAAGACAAUAAAGCAGCAACAGCAGAGGCUUGCAGAACUGAAGAGGACAUUACAGAAAGAGCUGAAACUGAAGCCAGAUCCUGACUCUGAGACGAAGGAGAGACUCCAGGAAAGCAGGCAGGAGAAAUCAACCGAUAAGACGAUCUCAGAGACACUGAUGCCCACCGCGGCUCUAACCCCAGCCCCGGGACUCCCUCAGACUUCAGGCCUGCCUCCCAUCACCUCCAACACCACAGUCACUAACAGUUCAGACCUCACCGACACAAGAGAGAUCAACUUUGAGUACCUCAAACACGUGGUGCUGAAGUUCAUGUCAUCUAGAGAGGCGGAGGCUUUCCAGCUCAUCAGAGCCGUUUCUGUACUUCUGCACUUCACAAAAGAAGAGGAGGACAUGCUCAAACAGACACUAGAGUACAAGAUGUCGUGGUUUGGUUCCAAGCCCUCACCCAAAGGUAUCAUACGGCCUUCCAUCUCAGGAACCUCAAGUUGGAGCUGAAAGACAACUACCCAAGAACAAAGUGAAGGAGCGAACAGUGAAUAAUGUGGGUAGAAACCUGCUGACGUCUGAAGGUGCAGUUGCAGACCCCGCAGUUUCAAUCUCUGCCUCAACAGAUCCUAUGUAGCUCACGCCCUUUAAACAGCGGGACACGAAAACAACUGUCCUUUUUUUUUUUUUUUUUUUUUUUUUUU